AUGAGGGAAUACAGCUGGAACAGUUUCAAGGAUUUAAUUUUCAGAAAUCCUGCUGUUGUCGACCAGGAUCCACAUGUGGAUCAUGGGGAUGAGAAUGCUGAGCGUGGGAACUGGGCCAGCAAGAGGGAGUACAUCCUCUCUACGAUCGGCUACGCUGUUGGACUGGGAAAUAUCUGGAGAUUCCCAUAUUUGACCUAUAAGCAUGGAGGGGGUGCCUUCCUGAUUCCCUAUUUUUUGAUGUUGGUGGUGGCUGGAAUUCCUCUUUUCUUCCUGGAAAGUGCCUUUGGGCAGUUUUGCAGCCAAGGUCCAAUUAACAUAUGGAGAGCAGUGCCAAUCCUGCAGGGUGUUGGCGUUGCCAUGGUUAUGGUGACUCUAAUAGUAUCAGUUUACUAUAAUGUCAUCAUGGGCUACAGCCUGUACUACAUGUUCGCCUCCUUCCAGUCUCCUCUGCCGUGGUCCAACUGCCUCAGUCAGGUUGACAGUAACUGCAGCGCCACACCUAUAGUGUACUGCAAUGUAAGUGGUGUUUUAGUGACCAACUGGACUCAGGAAAACAGCACUUGUCCUUCAUCCAACAUGAUCACAGUGCCAGUGCAGAGCCCGAGUGAGCAGUACUGGGAUCAUGUGGCUCUGCAGAGAUCCAGCGGUCUGGAUGAAACAGGACCAGUAGUUUGGCACUUGGCCCUCUGUCUGCUGCUGAGCUCCAUUCUUGUCACUGCAGCGCUUAUCAAAGGCAUCAAGUCAUCAGGCAAAGUUGUGUAUUUCACCGCUACAUUUCCUUAUGUGGUGAUUCUGAUCCUGCUGAUCAGAGGGGUGACACUAGAGGGAGCCAGAGAUGGGAUAGAGUUCUACAUUGGCUCCCAAUCCAAUUUAACUAAACUGACAGAAGCAGAGGUCUGGAAAGAUGCAGCAACCCAGACCUUCUACUCUCUCUCGAUUGGCUGGGGUGGAGUCAUGACUCUUGCUUCAUACAACAACUUCCACAACAAUGUGUUCAAGGACUCAUUUGUUGUAACACUUACUAAUGCUGGUACCAGUGUGCUUGCAGGCUUUGCCAUAUUUUCAAUCUUGGGUCACAUGGCUCACAUCUACAAAAUGCCUGUUGGAAAAGUGGUGAAGGACGGAUUUGGCCUGGCAUUUAUUGCAUAUCCAGACGCUCUGUCUAAGCUUCCUAUUUCCCCUCUGUGGUCCAUUUUGUUCUUCCUCAUGCUUUUGACUGUUGGACUGGACUCUCAAUUUGCAGGAAUAGAGGUGAUCAUCACCUGCCUGCUCGAUGCCUUCCCUAAACUCUUCAAAUCCAGACGAGCUCUAUUGAUGAUAACAGUAUCUUCCAUCCUGUACCUGUUGGGCCUGCCAUGUGUCACAAGGGCAGGAAUAUACUGGGUGACACUAAUCGACCACUUUGUUGCCACCUGGGUUCUGCUAUGUUUGGUUCUCCUGGAGAUCAUUGGCGUCUGCUACAUAUAUGGAGGAAACCGUUUUAUUAAAGACAUUGAGAUGAUGAUUGGAAAGAAGAGUUUCACUUUCUGGCUGUGGUGGAGAGCAUGUUGGUUCUUCAUCAGCCCCUGCAUCAUAUCGGUGAUCUUGAUCUGGUCUCUGAUGGACCUUCAGCCACCCGACUAUGGAGAAAUUCAGUACCCAGUGUGGGGUCUGGCUCUGGGCUGGUGCAUGGCGGCAUUUGUCCUCCUCUGGGUCCCUGUCAUCGCUCUGAAUAAGCUGAUGAGAGCAGUGGGAAGUCCCUGGAAGCGCCUGAAGUCAUUGUGCGCUCCAGCUGAAGAAUGGCAUCCCUACCUGGACAUUCAUCGAGGAGAACGCUACUCACAAGAACGCUGCCGCCUCAGGAUGAGCCAUAAAAACAAAGUAGAAGGAAAUGUAAAUGUAAUCUCAAGCUCAUGGCUCUGAUGUGUGUUUUGUGUGUUUAACUAUUGUUUUCUUCACUUUGGUGAAGCAGUGUAAUCUGUGAACAUUUUGUACUAAUAGAUAAAGAUGCAUUACGUGAAAAUACUUGCCUAAUAGUUCAGCAGAAAAAGAGUAACAUGGACAUCUUAUUGCAGGCUGUGUAAAUGUCUAAGCUAUAAUGUCAAGGCUGAUAUUCCCUUUUGUUUUAGCUGUGAUUUGGUCUGGAAAAAGUACCUGAGUGUCUUUGAUUCUUUUCAUCAGACACACUUUCAUCUGCUGUCCACCAUUCCCUGCUGGUACAGGCAAUAUGCAACAAGCUUGUGUGAGGUCUUGUGUUUAUAGUAAAAUGGAGCAGAGCCAUUUAGGACUCUACCACACAGACCAAUUACCAAAAACAAUGUAUGAAAAGCGGCUGAAAGCUACUGAGAACAAUAUUAGCAAUGCUCUCUUGUUUCUUGACUGUUUCUGUGUCAGUAAUCAUGCUUGUCUUUCUAUGUCAAGUUCAGUUUCCUGUCACUUAACCACAUCGUUUGUAUGAUAUUCUACAAUAAAUAAGUUCUUCGUCCAU